GGCGUUGAGAGAGCGAACUUGUUCAAAAGGCGGUCCUCCAUUCCCGGCCACACCCACACGCACUCUCUCUCACACACACUAUAUCUCUCAUUCACGACAACCACCAAAAAAAUGGGCUCAGAGGAACCAAUCCCAAUUGGAGAAUGGCGAAACUCUCAGAGACGUACGCCUGCGCACCCUCCACCGAGCGAGGCCGCGGCAUCCUCAUCUCCGGCGACUCCAAAUCCAACAACAUUCUCUACUGCACGGCCCGCUCCGUCAUCAUCCGCAACCUCGACAAUCCCCUCCAGAUCUCCGUCUACGGAGAGCACGCCUACCCCGUCACGGUGGCGCGCUACUCCCCCAACGGCGAGUGGAUCGCCUCCGCGGACGUCUCCGGCACCAUCCGCAUAUGGGGGACCCACAACGAUUUCGUUCUCAAGAACGAGUUUCGUGUCCUCUCCGGUCGGAUCGAUGACCUGCAAUGGUCCCUCGACGGGAUGCGGAUCGUUGCCUGUGGGGAUGGCAAGGGCAAGUCCUUCGUUCGCGCCUUUAUGUGGGAUUCGGGUUCCACUGUUGGUGAUUUUGAUGGCCAUUCGCGGCGGGUUUUAAGCUGUUCAUUUAAGCCAACAAGACCAUUCCGCAUUGUCACAUGUGGAGAAGAUUUUUUGGCGAAUUUUUAUGAAGGUCCACCGUUCAAAUUCAGUAUGUCCAUCAGGGACCAUUCGAAUUUUGUCAACUGUGUUAGAUUUUCACCAGAUGGGACCAAAUUUAUUACUGUUAGCUCAGACAGGAAGGGCAUUGUAUAUGAUGGAAAGACAGGAAACAAACUUGGUGAGUUGUCCUCGGAGGAUGGUCACAAAGGCAGCAUAUAUGCAGUUAGUUGGAGUCCUGACAGCAAACAGGUUGUUACUGUGUCUGCUGACAAAUCUGCGAAAAUAUGGGAUAUUCUUGACGAUGGUAGUGGAAAAGUAAAUAAGACUUUGGCAUGUACCGAAUCUGGCGGAGUAGAGGACAUGCUUGUUGGUUGUCUUUGGCAGAAUGAUUUUGUGCUUACUGUCUCUCUUGGUGGCACGAUCUAUUUAUAUUCUGCUAAGGAUUUAGAUAAAAGCCCAGUGUCAUUAUCUGGUCACAUGAAGAAUGUAACCGUUUUGACGCUGCUCAACAGAAGGGAAAAAAUGCUUUUGUCUAGCAGCUAUGAUGGAGUGAUCAUUAGAUGGAUUCCAGGCAUGGGAUACAGUGGUAAGUUUGACAGUAAACAAUUUGGAUUAAUCAAAUUGUUACUAGCUGGCAAAGAUGAAGUUAUUGCUGCUGGAUUUGACAACAAGGUAUUCAGAGUUCCUCUUCAAGGGGAUAAUUUUGGCCCUGCUGACACUGUUGAUGUUGGAAGUCAACCUAAGGAUGUGAGCCUUGCACUCAAUAGCCCUGAACUUGCUAUCAUUGCAAUUGAAUCCGGAAUUGUCUUACUAAAUGGUUCUAAAGUUGUUUCCACUAUAAACCUGGGCUUUACUGUGAGCGCCGCAACUAUUUCACCUGAUGGUAGUGAAGCGAUUGUGGGAGGGCAAGAUGGUAAGUUGCGCAUAUAUUCAGUCUCAGGAGAUACAGUUAAAGAAGUGAGUGUCCUUGAGAAGCAUCGAGGUGCCAUCACUGCAAUCAGAUACUCUCCAGACGUUUCCAUGUUUGCAUCAGCUGAUAUGAAUCGUGAAGCUGUUGUAUGGGACCGUGUUUCCAAAGAGGUGAAGGUUAAUAACAUGUUAUUUAACACUGCACGUAUUAACUGCCUAGCUUGGUCACCUGAUAGCACUCUGGUAGCUACUGGUUCAUUGGAUACAUGUGUCAUCAUAUAUGAAGUUGGAAAGCCAGCAUCAAGCCGCAGAACCAUUAAAGGUGCCCAUCUAGGUGGGGUAUAUGGGUUGGUUUUUAUUGAUCAGGAAAGGGUGGCCAGUUCAGGAGAGGAUAGUUGUGUUCGUGUUUGGAAUUUGAUUUCUGAAUAAAAUUUGCAUCAGAACCUCCCAAGGCUUGAUGCAGUUGUGAAAAGAAAUUGAUGAUUGUCAUGUAUUAUUAUUAUUAUUAUUAUUAUAUGAGGAUCAUCAAUUUUCUGCAGCGGGAAGGAAAGUUAAGAUUGCAAUAGUGUUGUGGUUUGUACUCUUGAUAGAUUUCUCGUAGGACUAACAUUGGGAUAAUUUGUUCAUGCUGAAUUUUAAUCUGCAGAGGUGGGAAACUCCUAGUUAUUUCCAAAGAACUUUAUUUUUGUCUAAGCAAAAUACCAAUGCAUGUAAUGAAAUAACACUUUUGAUCCUUUAUUUUGCUUACAAAAGCAAUUUAAUUUAGUCUAUUUAGUUGUAAUUAGGUGAAUCCUGCCCCUCUAAGGCAUUUGAUGA